AUGACGCUUUCUCGAUUCCUGGAUCAACGGCUCCAAGGAAAGCGCCCUUCUGAGGUUGUCUACAUCUCUAUUGGGGCUAUUCUGGCGGCGAAGGUGCUGCUCAGCAUUCUUCAGGAUGGGCAACUCGUACAACGUUUUAAACUUUUCAAGUGGAGCAUUGUCCGUGCCGUUGCUGCACCUAUCAUAAACCGUGAGGUGAAAAAGGCAGGCGAAUCGAUUAAAAUGCCAUCAAAAGACGGUGAGUUCAAGGCGAAAAUAUUGCCUAAUAGAAGUAUGUCGGAUGAAGAAGUCCUCCGUCUCAUGGAAACAAUUCACAAAGACCUCGACCAGCCUUAUGAGAAGGGUGGCCUCAGUGGGGCGGUGUACCACGGGGGUGCCUCGCACACACAGUUUAUCAAUCGUGUCAUGGAAAUAUUCCAGUGGAGCAAUCCGCUUCACACAGACGUUUUUGGUGCAACCCGCAAGAUGGAAGCUGAGGUGGUGUCAAUGGUGGUGCAUAUGUUUAAUGGUCACCUGCUUCCAGAUGCCUGUGGAACUGUGACGUCGGGCGGCACGGAGAGCAUCGUGAUGGCACUGAAAGCGUACCGCAGUUGGGGACGUGCCACGCGAGGUAUUCAGCGUCCCUCAAUUGUCCUUGGCAUUACUGCUCACCCCGCCUUCGACAAGGGCGCAGAGUAUUUUGGUAUUGAUUUGAUCAAGGUAUCAGUGGAUCCCGUGACAAUGCGGCUAAACGCGAAGGAAGUCGAGAAAUACAUCCGCUACGAUACCGUUGCUAUUGUUGGAUCUGCGCCAACAUUUCCUCAUGGUGUUAUUGAUGAUAUCGUGGAACUAUCGGAGGUUGCGUACCGCCGCAAUAUUGGUCUCCACGUGGACUGCUGCCUCGGCGGUUUCAUCGUCCCCUUCAUGGAGAAGGCCGGAUUCCCCGUCCCUGUUGUGGACUUCCGACUGCCGGGCGUCACGUCCAUCAGCUGUGACACGCACAAGUACGGUUACGCACCCAAGGGCACCUCCACAGUUCUGUAUCGGACAAAAGAGCUGCGUUCCCACCAGUUUUUUUGCGUUGCAGAGUGGCCUGGUGGUAUCUACUGUUCCCCUGCUCUGAGUGGAUCCAAGCCUGGCAACGUCAUUGCCGGUGCGUGGGCCGCUAUGCUCCGCAUGGGCGAAGAAGGCUACGUCGAGAACUGCCGUAGAAUUGUGGAAACUCGGAUCAAAAUGACGACUGCACUCAGUCAGUUGUCGUAUAUACGCAUCCUUGGUGAUCCAACCGCCUCUGUCUUUGCUUUUUGUACUUCUCCUAUCGACACCUUUGUUCUUGGUGAACGCUUAAGCGAGCGUGGGUGGAUGCUUAACCGUCUGCAGUUUCCCUCUGGCCUUCAGUUCUCUGUUACGCUGCUGCAAACUCCGAGGGGUGUGGCGGAACGGUUCAUUGAUGAUGUGAAGACCGUCUGCGAAGAGAUGAUGGCAAGGUUUGAAGAAGCGGAAAAAGAAGGCAAGAACCCUGCGAAUAGAGAUGCCGGGGCAACUCUCUACGGUUCACAGCAGCGAGUACAUGACCGAAGUAUCGUGAAGGAUAUGCUUCGAGAAUUUUUGAAUCAGUAUUACAGCACUGAGCACUGA